GAAGCUCAAUACUCAGCUCGGCCAAUCGCUGGGCGCGUCGUAGGAACUCCAGCGGAACGUGUUGCCGUCGUCGUCGUCUCGUCGUCGGCUGAGUCUGCUCCCGCCAGUCGAGUCGCGUCCGCCAAAGUGUGAACGUGGUUCCCUCGUGAUCGGCCGAUUAGCCCCUCGGAUUUUUCAUCCGUGAACGCGACUCUUCCUCGAGGCGAAAAAAAUGGCCUGCAACAGAGCUGCAAAAUCUGGAUUCGCCGCGGAGGCGCAAAGGAAGAUCAAUAGCAAAUACAGCGAGGAACUCGCGCAGGAAUGUCUGGAAUGGAUCAAGACGAUAACCGGCGAAAACAUAAACACCAACGGGGACAUGGACAACUUCUACGAGACCCUGAGAGAUGGCACCUUACUUUGCAGACUGGUGAAUGACAUCAAGGAGGGUUCAGUGAAGAAAAUUAACAAGACGUCGCUGGCCUUUAAAUGCAUGGAGAAUAUAAAUGCCUUCCUGGAGGCUGCGAAAUCAUUAGGUGUUCCGCCGCAAGAGACCUUCCAGACCGUAGACCUCUGGGAAAGACAGAAUCUAAAUUCCGUUGUUAUUUGCUUACAAUCUCUUGGAAGGAAGGCGGGUAACUAUGGCAAACCAAGCAUUGGUCCUAAAGAAGCAGAUAAAAAUGUACGCAAUUUCACUGAGGAACAAUUGAGGGCCGGACAGGGCGUGAUAAGUCUACAAUACGGCAGUAAUAAAGGUGCUAAUCAAAGUGGCAUUAAUUUCGGCAACACAAGACACAUGUAAAACAUCCACCUCCGCAUUUGCGUUGAGAAACAAAACCAUUCUGUUCUCAUCUCUCUUCUGACUUUAUUCCCGUACAAGUACUCCUCUAGAUGUAGCGUAAUGCAUAAUAGAUGUUAACGAGGUCCAAAAUAAAAAGUAUACUGAACGAUAUGUACCUUCACCACGACAGAGAAGAAUUAAAACAUAAGAAUAUGAGACAUAAGAUUCUUCAAAUAAAAAAAAAUAAUGCAAGGUGUGUAUAUAUAUAACUUACGAAAAAGGUGACUAAUCCUUAGAUGCAUAAAACAGGGAUUUAUAACAUGUUUUUUUUAAUUAUAUUUUUUUAAUUCCAUUAUCAUCAAUCAUAUCUUUCUCUUCUUUUAGAUAAUUUAAAAAAAAUAUUAAGCUAUGCUUUGACACUCAAUUUAUUCAACCCAAAAUUUAUCAAAUCAAUUUUCUAUUAAAUUUCUAAUUUUUAUUGCCAUGCAUCCAAGGAUUAAAUCUUAUCUAAGUUUUGUAUUGAUAUAAACUAUUUAAUUUCAUUUCUUGUUGUUACUUUCAUUUCAAAUCUAUCGCGUAAUGAUUCGGAAUCGAUAUAUGAUGUCAUACUUAAUACGUUAGAGUGAGGACUCCGAGAAGUACGUAAUAUUUUUUAUAUUCCGUUUCUUGAUUAUAUGACAAUUCAAAUUGAAU